AUGGAGCGGAGUUACCUGCUGGAAAUCACCUCGCUGCUCGCUGCCUUCUCCCUGCUGCAGCGCUCGAGCGCCGCCGCCGCCUCCUCCGCUGCCGCCGCCGCCGCCUCCUCGGCCAAGGAGCUGUUGUGCCAGGAGAUCACCGUGCCCCUGUGCAAAGGCAUCGGCUACAACUACACCUACAUGCCCAACCAGUUCAACCACGACACGCAGGACGAGGCGGGGCUGGAGGUGCACCAGUUCUGGCCGCUGGUGGAGAUCCAGUGCUCGGCCGACCUGCGCUUCUUCCUCUGCAGCAUGUACACUCCCAUCUGCCUGGAGGACUAUAAGAAGCCGCUGCCGCCCUGCCGCAGCGUUUGCGAGCGGGCCAAGGCCGGCUGCGCCCCGCUCAUGCGCCAAUACGGCUUCGCCUGGCCCGACAGGAUGCGCUGCGACCGCCUGCCGGAGCAGGGCAACCCGGACACGCUGUGCAUGGACUACAACCGCACCGACCUCACCACUGCCGCGCCGCCCCCGGCCAAGCCCCCGCACCGCGGCGGGAAGGCGGGUGGCGCUGCAAGGCCCCCCGCGGCAGCUGCGCCCCCGGCCGAGCUCCCCCGCAAGCCCCGGCCGCCUCCCCCUUGCGAGCCAGGCUGCCAGUGCCGGGCGCCCAUGGUGUCGGUGUCCAGCGAGCGCCACCCGCUCUACAACCGGGUGAAGACGGGGCAGAUCGCCAACUGCGCGCUGCCCUGCCACAACCCCUACUUCAGCCCGGACGAGCGCGCCUUCACCGCCUUCUGGAUCGGUCUGUGGUCCGUGCUCUGCUUCCUCUCCACCUUCGCCACCGUCUCCACCUUCCUCAUCGACAUGGAGCGGUUCAAGUACCCGGAGCGGCCCAUCAUCUUCCUGGCCGCCUGCUACCUCUUCGUCUCGCUUGGCUACCUGGUGCGCCUGGUGGCCGGGCACGAGAAGGUGGCGUGCAGCGGCGGGGCAGGAGCCGGCGGAGCUGGGGCUGGAGCUGCUGGGGCCGGCGGGAGCGCCGCGGCGGGGGCCGCGGGCGGGCGGGGCGCGGCAGGGGGCGCGGCGGAGCUGCAGCCGGAGCUGGCGGUGGCCGAGCACGUGCGCUACGAGAGCACGGGCCCGGCGCUGUGCACCGUGGUCUUCCUGCUGGUGUACUUCUUUGGCAUGGCCAGCUCCAUCUGGUGGGUCAUCCUCUCCCUCACCUGGUUCCUGGCCGCCGGCAUGAAGUGGGGCAACGAAGCCAUCGCCGGCUAUGCGCAGUACUUCCAUCUGGCCGCCUGGCUGCUGCCCAGCGUCAAGUCCAUCGCCGUCCUGGCCCUCAGCUCCGUGGACGGUGACCCCGUGGCCGGCAUCUGCUACGUGGGUAACCAGAGCCUGGAGAACCUGCGGGGCUUCGUGCUGGCGCCGCUGCUCAUCUACCUGGCCAUCGGCUCCAUGUUCCUGCUGGCCGGCUUCGUCUCGCUCUUCCGCAUCCGCAGCGUGAUCAAGCAGCAGGGCGGCCCCACCAAGACGCACAAGCUGGAGAAGCUGAUGAUCCGCCUGGGGCUCUUCACCGUGCUCUACACGGUGCCGGCCGCCAGCGUGGUGGCCUGCCUCUUCUACGAGCAGCACAACCGGCCCCGCUGGGAGGCCACGCACAACUGCCCCUGCCUCCGCGACCAGCAGCCCGACCAGGCCCGCCGCCCCGACUACGCCGUCUUCAUGCUCAAGUACUUCAUGUGCCUGGUGGUGGGCAUCACCUCCGGCGUCUGGGUCUGGUCCGGGAAGACCCUGGAGUCCUGGAGGGCCCUCUGCACCCGUUGCUGCUGGGCGAGCAAGGGAGCCGCAGCCGCCGGGCCCACGGGAGCAGGGGGCGGGGGGCAGGUAGCUGCCGCGGCGGCGGGGGGACUGGCAGGGGGAGGAGGCGGCGGCGGUUCCAUGUACAGCGAUGUCAGCACUGGCUUAACGUGGAGAUCGGGCACCGCCAGUUCUGUGUCCUACCCCAAGCAGAUGCCCUUGUCUCAAGUGUGA